GACUCAUUUCGUCAAACCUGGCAACUAGUUGUAUAGACUAGUGCGGAAACGCGCCUUGCGUGUUCCGCGUUUUAUUAAGUUUAUAAAAUGGUCUCGUGUAUACUAUGCCAAAGAUCCGAGGAGAACAAAGUCACUGGAGUUUUAUCUACAAAAGAAGGAGUUACCGCUCAUCAGAACUGCUUGUUGUAUUCUUCUGGACUUUUCUGCCGGAACACCCCAGACUUUGAUGACUUGUUUGGUUUCUCUGCCACAGAUGUUUUGUCAGAGCACCGACGUGGACUUAAACUGACUUGUAACAAAUGUAAGAAAAAAGGUGCUACUGUGGGCUGUGAAAUCAGCACCUGCAGGAAGUCUUACCAUUAUCCAUGUGCUAUCCAAGCUAAAGCCCAGACGUUUGAGGACCAAUUUAACGAGAGUUUUGGGUUAUACUGUUUUGGCUGUCAGAAGACAAAGUCUCGUACAUCUUCAGAAAUGGCCCUAUCUGAUGAGGAUUUACCCAGCACUUCCACUCGCAAUCCCAAGAGGAAAUUGAGCUUCAAUGACAGAGAAGAAGAGAUUAGAGCGCCCAGGCACUCUAGAAGAAUAAUGUCAAUUGAGUCCACAGACUCUGAUCAGACUGAUGCUGGUGAGAACACAGGCUUGAUUAGCCCUUUACAGUCAGAUUUGGAUGAAAAUACCAACUCACAAGAACUGUUAAACAGGUUUGUAUUUUUUAUUAAAUAACAUUAUUAGGUAGUUAGAUGGUUCACCUUUGUUUUUCUCCCAGAAAUCUCCCUGUCAUUGCUACUGUGACAGUUCAACAAAAGGAGAGCCAGGACACCACUGAGGAUGCAGUCACUGAACUUCAGCCCUCAAACAGUGAACAGAGUUAUCUGCUUCAAGUGGAGCCCAAUGGUGUCCUCAUGGACCCUUCAUACUUCUGGAGCAACUGUACCUCAUCAGGGUGUGCACAGGCAAUAUUCACAAAUUUCAUUCAAGAAAUGACAGAUAUAUUCACUAGAAUAACAUCCGGACAGGCCAGCACACAAGACUGUGAUGUAGCAUUGAAGGUUAUGAUGGCUUCUGGAAAACUUGGGGAGCUUGUAGCCAAACAACAAAAAGAUUUACAAAAGAAACUAACAGAACUGCAACAAGCUGCAACAGCUUUAGACAAAGCAGCAUUGUUCCUCCCAAAAUGAAUAAAUGUCACAUUAAGUGAACAGAACUGAGGCUGCUUGGAUGCACUGCGAAACAUCUUCACUCAAUAAAAACUAAUCAAUCAAUCAAUAAUAAAUAUACUAUACAACACA